AUGGGUGAACAUGAUGAAGUGGAAAAGUUUCCAGAGAUUGUGGAAGGAUUAAUAUCAAAAUUGUUUUUACAAAAUGAAGAUCAAGAUCAAGAUGAGAUUAAAAUUGAUGAUAAGAUUUCACUUACUUUGACGUUUAUAUUCCCUGAAAUUUAUUUAAAAUCAUUAGAUAUAUUGGAUCAGAAAAGGAUUGUUAUUCAUAAAUAUAACAAAUCUAUUGAUAAUGCUAAUCAAUUGUUUAAUGAUUCUUUGGUAUUGAUUAAUCAAGAUCUUGAAGAUACUCCAUAUUAUAUUGAAUUGAAUCAAUGGUUUUGUUCAUGUACAAGAUUUCAAAAUGGCUUUAAACAAAUCCAGUGUACUAGUGAUACCAUCAACACAAAUAUUGCUUAUGGAAUUAGAUUUUCCAAUAAUUUACCACAGUUUAAAGAUCCAAGUAAUAUUCCAAUAUGUGAACAUUUAUUAUCUUGUUAUAUAUUAAACACACACCAGCACCGAUUGAAAGAUCGGUAUAAGCUAGAGACUGUUGAUCAAGAGACAUGGCUUACAUUACACUCUAAACUACUAUAA